AUGACAUCAGGACUGGAAGGCAUCGACGACAAGAGCAAAUGCCGGAUCCUUGCUGCCAUAAGCAAUGGCCCCCAGCUCCUGGUAUUUGUCAGGUUCAUGUUGAAUCUACGGUGUGGGAACAGCAACAUCACCUUCCACUUCACCCUGCGUUUUGAUGAGGACUGCCCUGUGGUCGUGUGCAACACACAGCAAGGUAGGAGCUGCUGGGAAGAGGAGCGGGCUGACACCAUGCCCUUCCUGCCGGGCACCUGCCUCGUGAAGAUAGCAAGCAUCCGGAAUCAGUGCUACAAGGCCCAGGCAUGCAAGCUCAGCAUCAAGAUCUACAUUGCUGGGAACAGUCGAGCCAAGGUAGAAAAAUUGGUCAACAACAUCCAGACAAGUACCAUCUAUGGUGAUAUCUGGAACAGGUACCAGCGGGACCUUCUCUUGGCCGGAGAAGGUCUGACCUGUCCAGCAAAAGCAACAACUAUCAAGGAAGCUCUAGCCAGAUGGGAAGAAAAAAAUAGCCUGAAGGCAUCAGAGGCCAAGGAAGUGAAACUGUAUGCCCAGGUUCCUCCUGUAGAGAAGAUGGAUGCAUCUUUGUCCACACUUGUUAAUUGCGAGAAAUUGUCUUUGUCUACAAACUGCAUUGAAAAAAUCGCCAACUUGAACGGCCUAAAAAACUUGAGGAUCCUGUCACUGGGGAGAAAUAACAUAAAGAAUCUAAAUGGAUUGGAAGCAGUUGGGGAUACAUUAGAGGAGCUGUGGAUCUCAUACAACUUUAUUGAGAAGCUGAAGGGGAUCCAUGUCAUGAAGAAGUUGAAGAUUCUAUACAUGUCCAAUAAUUUGGUGAAAGAUUGGGCAGAGUUUGUGAGACUGGCAGACUUGCCGUUACUGGAAGAUCUGGUGUUUGUUGGCAACCCACUAGAAGAGAAGUACUCCGCCGACCAGCAGAGCAACUGGGUUGAGGAAGCCACCAAGCGAGUGCCUAGACUGAAAAAACUAGAUGGUAUCCCAGUUAUUAAACAAGAAGAAGGUGAAGAAGGAGAGAACUAACACAACUAUUUCUUGUUUGGCAUUAAAUUAUUUAAGAAGCUCUGGAACAAUUCAGUAUACAAAGCUUUUGUAUAAACAUUUGUUUUGAAAAUGUUCAGGCAACAUUUUAAAAUUAGCUCAUCUCCAUACUCUUGUCUCACCCAAAGAGUUACUUACCAAAAUCAGGGGAUGCCACCUCUGUGCAUUUUGUUCCCUGGUUUAGGAAUUAGUGAAUUGAGGUUGCCUGCUGUUUGAUUAAUUAGAGGCCUUUUCCUAAAAGAUGGAUACAAUUUUUUAUCCCUGAAUAGUGCUGCUUGUAGAUCAGUCUUGGGUAACAGUAAAACAAUGUUGUUUGUCAACUUUGUCCAGCUGACACUAACAUUUAAAACAUGAAGGCCAAAACAGCAGUGUUUUAUGUAAAAGCCUCUUUAUACGCUAUGCUCUCACAAGGAUUGGAACACUUUAAAUAUGUGAGGCUUCCUUUUAUGCUUCUUCAACUAUUAUGCCAAUUAUCUGUAGCCAAACAGACCUAAUAGUUGUCAUGGGCUUAUGCCUUAAAAAGGUAUUGCUAACAAUUUUGUGCCAUCAGUCAUAGGCCCAGAAUUGGCUGUUCCAAGAUACAUUAGCCUCUCAACAUCAUAACCCAGAAGGCUGCAAAUAUUUUUAUAUAUUUAUUUAUUUUAAACGAAGAAAUGGAAAUUCUUUACAUGGCUUCCAGUGGAGUUAAAUUACCUAUUGUUUUUUCUUUACAUUAAAUAAAAAGUAGAUGCUUUA